AUGGCAAAUAUUGAAUUGAAUGGAAAGGAAAUUAACAAUGAACUUGAUGUUUGUUUUCAGGCAGUGAAGAAGUGCUUGAUCGUCGGCCUUACUCUCAUGUAUAUGACGUCAGCUGAGAACAAUGACCCCAGUGCUUUCGUAAAAAGUCUCACAGGCAAUUGUCGGGAAAUAGGAUGGGAACCAACUUUUGACAGACAUGCCAGGAAUAGUAAAACUGUUGCCUUUCAUGUCUAUCUGACGAAUUCUAUCUCAAGUCUUUCACAAAAUCAGACAAUCAAGUAUGACCAUGUAAUAACAAACAUUGGUGAGGGAUAUGACAGAACUACCGGUAAAUUCACGGCCCCAGUUGACGGGGUGUAUUCCUUUACUUGGACUUAUUUGACAAAGCAUGGAGCAGUAGCAUAUGUUGGCCGAGUUAUUGAUGGCAAACAAGUCGUCUGGGCGGUCAUUUAUGACCAGACUGCCACUUGGGCACGUACUACGGGUCACCUAGUCGUGAAGAUGAAGAAGGGCAGUCAGUUCUGGACACCUAAUACUUCAAAAGAAGUAACUUACAUACAUAAUUUAUUUACUUUUUUGAGCGGAUACAAAAUUUCUGACGAAUGAUUUCUGUUUUUAAUACUGAACAUUGGG